UGUUCUAUUUAUUUUUCAUGUAUGCCUUUUAGUAAUAAUAAUUUGUAUUUGCAUGUUCAUAUUAUAAGUAUUUGUUGUUUACGAGGUGAUUCAUCAAUGCCUUCAUGUAGGUGUUUAGCUCAAGUAUUCAUAAGAGUGAAACGAUCAACUAAGAGAACAAACGGAUAAGAUGACACCUAAAUCAGAGAGAUAGUCGAGCUCUCCGAGAUAAUUAUCUACUUUCGAGAGGGAGAUGACUGAAGUGGAAGCAAAAGAUACAAGUGAUGCUAGAAAAGUUCAGAAGGCUGACCGUGAAAAAUUGAGGAGGGAUAGACUGAAUGAGCAAUUCAUUGAGUUGGGAAAUGUACUCGAUCCAGAAAGACCAAAAAAUGACAAGGCCAGUAUUAUUAUCGACACCAUCCAAGUGCUAAAGGAUCUUGCAACUGAAGUUAACAGACUAAAAGCCGACUGUGCAGCACUAUCCGAAGAAUCAUCUGAGCUUACACAAGAGAAGAAUGAACUCAGAGAGGAGAAAUCAUCAUUGAAAUCUGAUAUAGAAAAUCUUAACGCACAAUAUCAGCAAAGAGUUGGGGUUAUGUAUCCAUGGGCUGCCAUUGAUCCUUCUUCAGUUGUUAUGCCACCACCCUACUCAUAUCCAGUUGCUUUGCCGGUUCCUUCAGGUCCAGUCCCGAUGCACCCAUUCCCUUUCUUCACAAACCAUAAUCCACCUGGUGCAAUUCCGACUUCCUCCCCAGCUUUUAUGUCAUAUCCCAACCUACCCACCGCACACAUUAAUCAGACGAUACCUGUAUAUGCACUUACCUCACAUAGUUCAAGCAAACAAGAAUGUGGGAGCAAGUCCUCGGAUCGUUUUAGGGGUAGCAACGAUGAAAAAGGGGAUCAUUCUAGCAAUGUGGUUACCGAAUUAGAACUUAAAAUCCCAGGGUCGCGAUCUGGCCAGGAGUCAUCGGCUGGAGAUAAAAAGGGAAAGCAACCAGAGAGGAAGGAUAAGAGUGGGGAUUGUUCAAGCAGUAGAUACACUUCUUCUCAGGGCUUUCAAGAUAGCUCUUCAAAUAGUGUGGUGGAAAACAAUGGGGGGAUCUAAUCAGUGACUCCAUCUGGGGUGAAGCCAUUUGUUAAGCCAAAUCCAAAGAACCCCGUAAGUUUGUGGUCUUAGUUGGCUCAAAAAUCAGAUCAAGUACAUAUCAACCUCUUUAUUCCAUACCAAACCAAACCAAACGAACCCAAUAUAUCCUACCUGGAGGGGGUCUAGGGAGGGUAAGAAUUUUAUCAUAAGAUGUAUGCAGACCUGACCUCUAUCCAAAAGAGUAGCGGCUUAUGGACAGCAAAAGUGGCUUUUAAUUGUCUUACCAUCAACCAGUCCAUUUUGGGGUGUUGUAGAAGUCUUGAGUUUUUCUUCUUUUUGGCCCCAUCCCCAGGGGCCCAAGAAUGUGAGGGAGUUGACAGUUAACACCUCUGAUUGCCCUCCGAAAGGGGUUUUGAAGAUUACAAUUUCGAGAGAUGUCCCUGACCCCGAUUGAUGUCUGAUGCUAGAGGGCUUCUGAGAGAGUUUUGCAAUUGGUAGAACCUGCAAGGAUGGUUUAAUGGGAGAAGGAUGUUUGCCUUGCAACAAAAAUUGUCUUUUUGAACUAUGUUGUAACUUUGGCAAAGAGACACCGGAAACGACUCUAAUGCCCUUGGUAUGUGAUAGAUCAGUGGUAAUGGGAGUUGAUGUUUUCAACUUUGGGAAGGGCAUAAGAGUCAUUUUCUAUGGUUUGGUUUAACUUCCAAAGGUGGAAUAUACUUGCUUGCGUUGGAAGGUUUUUUAUAACCUUGUGUAAAACACAGUUGUAAUUUGUGAUGGCUCUUUUAUUUAUAUU